AUGGAGCUGGAGCCAAGAGCGAGGCCACCUGCAUACCCACCAUACCGCAUGGCUCCACCCAAGUUAGAGGAGCUGAGGAAUCAGUUGAAGGAGCUCCUCGAGUCCGAUCAGUUCGUGGUAGUCUACUUGGAUGACAUAGUCAUCUAUAGCAACACCUUGGAUGAGCACGUGGAACAUCUAAAGAAAGUGUUCCAAGUCUUGCGUGAGAAUGAGCUCUUCAUUAAGCGGGAGAAGUGUGAGUUUACCCAACAUAAACUGCACUUCUUGGGGUAUGUUAUCAGCCAAGGAGAGCUACGGAUGGACGAGGCAAAAGUUCGGGCCAUUAAAGAGUGGGAGGUGCCCACAACGGUAACCGAACUUAGAUCUUUUCUUGGACUUGCUAACUAUUACCGCAGGUUCAUAAGUGCUUACUCCGCCAAAGCCUCUCCACUUACUGAGCUCUUAAAGAAGAAUAAGUCGUGGGUUUGGAGCGAGGAUUGCAAGGAGGUCUUUGAAGACCUCAAGGCUGUCGUAACAGAGGAGCCCAUCCUAGCAUUGCCUAACUUCUCCAAGAUAUUCGAAGUGCAUACGGAUGCCUCCAACUAUGCCAUUGGGGAGUAUUGA